AUGACAUCACAUGAAAGGACUACACCCACACUCCACAACUACCCAACCAAACCCACACCUGUCCAACCAAUCCCACAUCUGCCCAGCCAAUCCCACACCUGUACUGUCAAUCCCACACCUGCCCAACCAACCCCACACCUGUACAGCAAUUCCACACCACAGCCAAUCCCACACCUGUUGAACCAAUCCCAUUCCUAUACAGCCAAUCUCACACCUGUACAACCAAUCCCACACCUGUUUAGCCAAUCCCACACCUGUACAGCUAAUCCCCACACCUGCACAGCCAUCCCACACCUGUACAACCAAUCCCAUUCCUAUAGUCAAUCCCACACCUGCACAGCCAAUCCCACAUCUACACAGCCAAUCCCACAUCUACACAGCCAAUCCCACAACUGCACAGCCAAUCCAACACCUGCACAGCCAAUCCCAAAUCUGUGCGUGAUGGGACUUCCUGCGCCGCCAUCCCGUAAAUCACUGCCAGCGGCAAGAAUGGACCUCCAAGUGUUAUCAACGGAGCGUCGCGCCAGCCAGUGCCUCAGUUUUCAGCUGCACCAGGUUCUAGGGUCUGGCUUGAUCCCUGUCCUGGUGGUUGGGAGAGGCCAGAGAGCGCUUCAUGGCGGAGCGAACCAGUGCCUUGCGUAA